AUGGAGAAGAAGCUGGCCACCCUUGGAGAAGCACCACCAGUGAAGGAUGAAGUGGAAUACCUGGUGUGCAUUCUGGACAGAAGCUGCUGCCACGCCGACUUGGCCAAAGUCGCACAGGAGCACCUCUUCCGGCUUCUAUGCGUCUUGCCUGCCAGGGCAGAGACACUCGCUGCACGAGUGAUGUCCUUGAGGGCGCUGAGUCGAGUCGCUUUCGUUGCCCCGGAGUGCAUGAAUGAUUUCGCAUUGGAGGGUGUGGCAUGCCUUCAGUACAUCAUGGCAGUCACUUCAGCUCUCAGCCUUGGUGCCGGGGAGAACACGGAGAAGGCGGGCGUGCGACGAAGACUGCUUCAAGAAGCCAAGGAGUCUCUCGCAGCGGAGCCCUCGUUGUCGCCUCUGGUGGAACACUUUAGCCGCACAAUCCUCUGUGAGGCCGUGUCGGUGUCCCGCAACUGCUGCCACGCAGCCUACGAUCAACUUGAUCUACUGGGAAUGCUCCAGGAUCUUCAGGACUCCUUCGAGGACACCGUGGCAAACUUCGAGCGCUUGUCCGAUGGAAAGCUGGAAGUUGCUGCAGCGGAGCUGAUGAACAAGCUCGUGGCCCUCCUGCACGUGCUGCUGUGCAGCAUCUUCAGACACGGCAAGGCAGCGCACAAGUACGGGAAGGAUCCGGAAGAGAGCGCUGAGAAAGCAAACGGAGGCUUCACGGAGGCUGAUGCGAAGUCGGCUGUUGACGGCCUUAUGCAGGUCCUGACCAAGGUCCACAAGAUGUUGAAUCCCUCUGGUACAGAGGACGACAAGGGACACGCCAGCUUCAUGGCAGACUUGCUGGCCAAUGAUAUCCGCGUCCUCUUCUAUCUUACCGCUCUGCUGCGGGAGCUGGCCUGCAAGCCUUUGCAGUCGCCUUUCUUGCGUUUGACGCGCUCCACGGCCUUCUUCGACAUCCUGGAGUCCUCCGUCUGGGCCCUUGUUUUGCUUUCUUUCUGCGAAUGGACGCGUUUGGGGGUGGAGGGUGGAGUGUUGCUCUCUCUCUCUCUCUCUCUCUCGCUCUCGCUCUCUCUCUCUCUCUCUCUAUAUAUAUAUAUGUAUAUAUAUAUAUAUCUCUCUCUCUCUCUCUCUCUCUCUCUCUCUCUCUCUCAGGUGCAGCUGGCCUUGAAGCGAUUUCAGCGGGAGACCAAGGGCCCCAUGCCGAAAGACCUCUGCGCCAACAAGCGGCUCGGCUUGAGCGCUGCAUCUCCUCUUGGACGCAGUAUAUUCUCCACACCGCCCAGACCCCGAAUCUUUGGCAUCAGAUCCCUGCAAAGCUCAACUUCAACUGAGGCUCAAGGGAGGUCCCACAGACAGCCCGCUCUCGCAGCACAUGGAGGAGCUUUUGAGCUCGAAAGCCCAGACUCCUCCGCUUCUACCAUCUUGCUUUCAUAG